CCCCCCUGUAGGCUAAGCUUAGGUCGAGCCCAGCAGAGCGCUCCGCUCCCGCCGCGCGCGCGCGGGCCGCGGGCAUGGCGGCGGCGGGCGGGGCGGUGGCGUCGCUGCUCGACAGGUUCACGGGCGUCGAGGAGGCGCCCCCCGAGCUGGCCGCCGCCCUGGAGGCGGCGUCCGCGCAGCAGCUGCGGGCGCUACGCCCGCGCGAGCUGGCGCGGGGCGUGCUCGCGGCCGCCAGUUCCACGCCGCCCAACGCGCAGGCACUGGACGCCCUUUGCGCCGUGCGCAGUUCGCUCGGGAGGGGGCGCUCCUGCGCGGGCGCGGCGCGGGGCCCGUUCGCCGCAUCCACCUCGCCGCAGGGAGACCUCCAUCAUGGAGGCCGUGGGGGACCAGGUGGCUCAGCGCGCCUGGGAGUUUGGGACAGACGACCUGGCCAGGUGCAUGUGCGCCUUCGCGGAACUGGGUCUGGCGCACCAGUCGAUGCUGGAGGCGGCGUCGAUGGAGGUCAUGUGGAAGGUCGACCAGUUCACGCCGCGCAGCUUGUCGCUGGUGGUGGAGUCCUGCGCGAGGCUCCGCCACUGCCAGGAGCCGAUGUUCCACUGGGUCGCCCAGCGGGUCGUCGGCCGGCUGGAGGACUACCGGCCGCGGGACCUCGCUACGGUGGCCUGGGCUUUCGCCGAGGCCUCGGUAAGCUGCCAGGCCCUUGCGGAGGCGCUGGGUGCGGAAGUCGCCCAGAGGGCCUUCGAGAUGGACAGCGAGGACUCCGACCACCACCGUGCGCUCCGGUCGCUGCAGGGGCUGGGCUGCUCGUGGGAGGCGCUGGCGCGGCCGUUCAGUCGCCCGCGGCCGAGCGAUGCGGCCGGCGCGGCCUGCGGCAGCCCCAGGUGACCCCGGCGAGGCGGCAAAGGGCACAGGCGGCAGUGGAGCCACCCCGCUGCAGCGGUGCUCAGGCAGUGGCGGAGCCGGAGGGUUUCUCCGAAGUGCUCAGGCGACCCGG